UAAAUGUUUACGAUGCGUAAUCCAAGAUGACUUGUUUCUCUUAUGAACAGACUCUGACUGGGUUCAGUGGGAUAUCUCUCAUCUCUUUCUCCUUCCAGCCUUCCAGUCUUUUUUUUUUUUUAGGAAGUUCUGGACAGACCAUCGGACCUGUCCGCAUAUGCUUUUGCUUUUGCUUUGACAUUUUCCUGCUCUUGAGUGCUUUCAUCAGUCUUCAACUGGCAAAGUUCAACUACUGUUACCAUCUUUCAUUUUCAAUAAGGUUAACACAUUAGCACAGGUGUGAAUGUGUGUGUGUGUAUGUGUGUAUGUGUGUGUGUGCGUGUGUGCGUGUGUGUGUGUGGCUUCGAUGUGUUUCCUCUUCAAACAUCAGUCACUCGCUCUUUGCGCACCAGUACCUCUGUGAUCAUCCGCAAGUGGAAGUCUCUCUGUUGGAUUGUGUGUGUGCACAGCAGUGCAGUGAACUGAGCCCACACAUCUCCUGUCGUCAGAGGGCCCUGCCGCCAACAGGGUGACUGCUGAAAAUGGCCAAUGCGACUGAAGAUUAUGGCAUGGACUAUUAUAACAGCGAACCAACAGUUGACUAUGAUCCAGAUGGUGCACCGUGUCCCUUAGAUGUUUUCGACAAUGUGUACCAUCACCUCAGCCUGUACGUCCAUUCCAUCAUUGUUGUGCUGGGGUUGCUGGGCAACCUACUGGUCAUCGUCACGUAUGCCUUCUACAAGAAGACCAAGUCCAUGACGGAUGUGUACCUCCUCAAUGUGGCGGUGGCAGAUGUUCUCUUCGUGGUGGUGUUACCCCUCAUCAUCUACAACGAGCAGCAUAACUGGGUGAUGGGGGAUGGGGCCUGCAAGUUCCUGAGUGGCGCCUACAGUCUCAACCUGUACAGUGGUGUGCUUCUGCUGGCCUGCAUUAGCGGUGACCGCUACCUCGCUAUUGUCCGCGCUAGCAGCUCAAGAUACCUCCGCUCCCGCACCCUUGUCUACAGCCAUGCCAUCUGCUUUACCGUCUGGGUGAUGGCGCUUCUCCUGUCCCUGCCCACAUUCAUGUACUCAACAACUGAUAUUCCCCAACCUGAAACAUUCAUGAUCGGUGAACCAUCUGACAAUUCCACAGAGCCAGUGGAGUGUAUACUUUACUUUGAAAACAUUCAGAAAGCAGAAGAGAUGAAGGUCCUAAUCCCAAGCCUGCAGAUGUCGAUCGGGUUCCUGCUGCCCCUGAUGGUGAUGACCUUCUGCUACACCUGCAUCAUCCUCACACUGCUCAAGGCGCGCAACUUCCAGAGGCACAAGGCGGUGCGGGUGGUGCUGACGGUGGUGCUGGUGUUUGUUCUCUGCCACCUGCCUUUUAACCUCACCCGUCUGGUACACACCAUCACUCUGGGUGAGCAGAGGGACUGCACUGCAGAGAUCUCCUUCAUGGUGGGACUCAAAAUCACUGAGACUCUGGCCUAUCUACACUGCUGCCUCAACCCCUUCCUGUACGCCUUCGUUGGCGUACGCUUCCGUAACCACUUCCAGAAGGUUCUACGGGACAUGUGGUGUGUGGGGAAGGACUACAUACGUGCACGACGCCCCUCUUCCCGCCUCACUUCGGAGGUUUGUCUGUCCAUGCGCAAGUCAGUCGACGGAUCCACAGACGCCACGUCCUUCACCAUGUGAUCCUAACGGAUCCCCUCAGAAUGCUCCAGCUGCACAUUUAUUAUGUGGCGUAAUCCAGUUGGGCAUUGAUAUCUGACCUGCUGAGGACUGGGACUGACUGUAACACACUUUACUGUGUGAUUCAAACCAAGGAGGUCAGCCUUGGUUGUGUUAGCUUCAGCUAGUUAGCAUCCAAUUGGUAAGCCAGGGGGUUAACUUCAGCUAGUAAGCAUCCAAGGAGGUCAGCCUUUAGAGGAAUAGCUUCAGCUAGUUAGUGUCCGAGAGGUCAACCUUUAGAGGUUUAGCUUCAGCUAGUUAGCAUCAAAAAUCUUUAAAAAUGGCAUUCCACGGGCUCACUGCCACAGCUCCACAGAAACAGCCAAUCACGUGCCACAGACACAGGAGUUGGCAGCUUCAACCAGGGGGUCAGGAUUUGACUGAUUAGCUUCGCCGAUUAGCAAGGCCAGAGAAUGUCUAAUAAGGGCAAGGCACUUCCCCGUCGCCAUUUUCCAGAAAUACAUCAUGUCCUGUGCCAUUUCUCCUCAUGCUGAUUGGUGGCUGUUCCACUCUCAGCUCAUGCACGAGCUUAGUGUGGGCACGAGCUCUCCUUCUGUACCUUACGUCAAUCGGUAACCUGCCACUUAAUUGGCUAAGUAAAACGGCACCGGAAACAAGCCCCUUGAAACGCCAUGUUGAAGCCUGAAAAAAUCUUUCAAUUUUGGCAUUUUUCACUAGCCUAGCAUUCCCAUUGAAAUGAAAGGGGGCGGGACUUGUUCACUUUCUCUAUAAUACCUCCAUGGCAACGCUAAGAGGAUCAGCCAAUCCAAAUGGACUACACCAUUUCUGACCUGUAAUGAAGCACUUAAUUGGCUUGUUGAAAUGUGUCAGGAAGUGAGCAUACAGUAUGUGAGACGCCAUUUUGAAUGAUGGCAGUAGCCAAUUAAUUAUAUUACAGUAAUUACAUUUUGGGUUGAAAUAAUUAGGCCUGCACCAGUUUUCAUGAUCACAUUGGUGUUCAACUGGAGAUAAAGAAAUAAACCUUGGAAUUAAUGCUGGUACUGAAUUGUUCUCAUGUUGUGAAAUACGCAUUUCUUUGUUUGUGAACCCCAUAAAGUUACUCUUUGUAACUUGAAUUGUUACUACAAUAUUAUUUUUAACUAGAAAUACUGUUAUCUAACUUCAUCCCCUAUCCCUUGCAGCCAACACACUGUAGGAUUUUAUUAGAAUUAGAAAUAAUUGUAAAAAAAAAAAAUAAAGGUAAAAAUAAUGUUUUCUUAUUGUCUCACAAGUUGUAUAGAUGUUUCCUUGUUGUGUAUUAACUGUAUCUUUGAUCGUUUGCUUGUAAAUGUUGUGUAUGCACAUCUUGUUUGUGAAUACCAGUCCUCUUUUUUACCAAGGUAAUUGGGAGAGGGGCUGUUUAGGCCGUUAAUGUGACAGGACAUUGGAGUGAGUGACAGGAAGUGAGUGACAGGAAGUGAGUGGGAGAGAGUGAUGGGGCAGGAUCGGGAAAUGACCUGCACCCGACUCAAACCCGGGCCCCCAUGGGCACGUGGCCCGUAUAUGGCACGAGUGCUGUAACCAGUUGUGCCACAGCGCCACCGUGAAUGCCACCGUGAAUGUCAGUCCUGUAUUACAAGUGGUAGUCACACAGAUCAGCUGCUUCAAAUGUGUUUAAAACUGGAUAUGGAAUUGUAGCUUUUCCUAUGAAUGUACUCGUUCUGAAACAUGCUUGGAAUGACCUGGAAAUGUACUGUGGGUCGACUGUAUGCGUGCAAAUAAAUGAAAAUAUAUUUUCCUUAA